UGCUCUUGCCUCUGUGUGCUUUGCUGUGCCCUUUGGACAAAUGCAAAGUCCUAGGACCUGUCCUUGGCAUGAAGGUAGUGACAUCAGAAGAUGAGGGCUUAGAUGUGGAAUCAAAUUAUGCUUAGUGGUGGGGCACGCAGUGGGCUCAUUCGCUCUUGGGAAUGUGUGUGUGUGUGGUGACACUGACUACAUAUGUUCUUCAUACGAUUGUGUAUUCACAAUGACUGAAAUUUUUAUAGAAUAGUCAAUCUGGACGCGAGCGACCUUGUCUAGGAAAAAGCACCCUAGGUGUUAUGAAAUUGGUGAUGGAGGUGGUGGAGGAUUGAUGAAAGAUUCUGGAAAGCUAACGCAGGACAAACGUUAGCUCGUGCGUUGUUGGAAUUGCUCAGCCAACACUCGCUGCCCAUGGUUUGUGCACAAGAACAAUUAAGAGAGAUACAGAAAGGAGCGAGAGAGCAAGAGAGACACGUGUCACACAGCGGCUGAGGAGCUUUUGUCUUUUCUAUUUUCACUUUCCACGAAUCCCGCAAUUUGUUAUUCGUUAGGAGAACAAAGAGAAUCUAACAAUAGCGAUGGCCACUGGUGCAAGUAUCAACUGCAUUGAGAAACAAGUCGCUUCUACUAACGGUGGAUGUAGGAUGGUGUACUCCGUGGGCGCUCAGAUACUAUAAUUCAAGUGACUUAUUAGCAAAAUAAGUGACAAUCUAACAGGUAGAAGCGCUAGAUUGGCGUGUAUCGGUCUCUACAGUUUGGUCGUGCGAAAGAUAAGCGAAAGAAACGUGAAGUAAUUGGAUGUCGUAUCACGCAAGGAAAAACCAGUAACCUCAAACGAAACUAAACUGAGCUGUGCCACGCCACGCCACCAGCCGUAACGUGUCACAUGGAGCGGAAACCCAUUCUCAUUGAAUAGCGAAAGUUGAUUGUAACCACGACAGUUUAAUAAACAUAACUACGUAGGGCUUUUGGUAGCUGGGUGUAUAAAUGUUGCAAAUUCGAGACGGACGAAAAGUAGAAGAUCAGGUAUCCAAUUUCUGUUGUAAGUAUUAUAAUUAUUUUCUACCAGUCACGACGGAAAUUGGAUACACGAAGACUGAAAGUGCUUCUCUCGGAUGCUGCGUGAUGGUUCGUUCUAUCUCUCGCUCUCCUCUCGUAUCUCUCUAGGCAUAUGCAUCCACACAGGGAAACACACAGCAGGCAGCAGGCAGCAGGCCCUCAAUGUAGGACAAACAAGCCGAAUGCCCGUUACGCAAGACUCAUCUCAUUACUUUAGGUACUAAGCCAAGUGUCGGCGUGAAAACAAAGUAGAGUAAACAAACACUGGAACAUAACAGCACACGCGAUAUAGACCUUCUGAGAAAGUGAACACGGAUCCACUAGCCGUUGAAGUGCAUCUAGCUUUCAAACAGCUUUUUUUUCAUAUAAAAAGUAUAUAUAAAUCUAUACAUAUGAUCAUAGAGCUCCUUUGUUGACGUCUCUCUCAAACAGCUGUUAGCGAGAGAGGAUCUUUCUUACGGCCCGAUAAUGUAUGUAUGGAAAUGUAUGUCGUGUGCAAGGUCAAAGUGUGCAAGAGGUUUUGCAGGACAUGAUAAGGACAGUAUGAAUGAACAUAUUGGUGUGAAUGGGGUUAUCGCAUGUGAGAAGAACAUUUUAUAGAAAGAACGAACGAGCGAGCGAGCCAGAAAAGAGGGGCUCUCAAAUUGUAAAACAAAUCGAUUGGUUUUCAUCGCAGCAUACACUUUCUUACACAAAUACAUUCAUACAUAGACACCGACACGUACGAUACACGAACCGCGUUAGCAUAUUAUACAUAGGAAACCAGCCGGCGAGCGGCGGAGGAAGAGGAGAAAACCCAAUAUUUACGAUUCCAAAACCUUCCCGCUCCAAAACCAUCCUCUAACUCUCUAGCGAUAUGAAAGAUACGAUACGGUAAACGAGAAACAGGACAAGGCGAUAAUAUUUAAGAUAAAGCUAAAGAAACGAGGGGGGAAAGGGGGAAAGGAACUAUAAAUAAGCAAACAAUGAAAAAGGCAUCAUAAACAAGGAUUAACAACAUUUAGAGUUAAUGAAACUGGCCGCGAAAGUUGAACAAUUUUUACACGUAGCACGGCGUGGAGGUGCGUGUGUGUGUGUCUGAGAGAGAGAGAGAGAAAGAGAGAGUGUGUGUUCCGUAUUGGAUCUAGUUGCUGCAGAUAAGGAAGCAGAGAAGGCAAAACGGGGCUGAGGAUGAAAAGGGAGAAAGUUUGAGAGGAAAAGGAACGAUGAAAUCAUUAGAUGUUUAUAGAGCUCACAAAACCGAACCGAUUACAAACAACAACAAAACCAAUAAUCAUACAAAACAAAACAAAACACAAAACCAGAAAACAAUAGCGAGUAGAUUCUAAAUGCAAAACAAUAGUUGAAAACGCCACGCGAAAUACAAAAGAGAAAGAGAGGCUUACGAAAGUGGUUGGAAGUAGUGUGCAGCGAACAAAAAAAAACAAACAAGACAAACAAAAUGGCUAAGGAGUACAGUGAAUCAAACCGAAAUGAGAAAAGGGAGAAAAAACAGACGCAAAAACAUGGAAGAAGCAUACAAAACAAACAAAAAAGCCACACAAGCAUUACCUGCCGCUCAUGGCGCACCGUAAAUGCACACAGACAAGAACUUUAUACUGCAUAGAGUUUUCUAAGUUAAGGAAUAAAAGGAAAAAUAAAAGCAAAAAAAAACCUAUAAAGCCGAUUAUGUGUAUUCU